GAUAAGAAAAAAAAUCUAAACAUGGGAAAAAGAAAGUUAAUCCAAAUGACAAGGCAUUAACUGUAGUUUAAAGAGCUGCUGACUGAAAAGCUAUUUGUAAAUAUUAGUUAUGCCGAAUUUUAUGAAGAUAAACUCCUAACUUUAUCUUCAUGUCUUUACGUUUUAAAUAUGACUGUGACAUUAACGAAUUAAAAAAAUUUACUAAAUUAAUCACAUAUAUUGUUUGUAUUUUUCUUUUAAUACAAAAAUACCGAGCCGGAACCUUUGCUGCGUGUUUCUGGUGCGCCCGUAAAUCUGAUGCACAAGCGGAAUCUGCGAACAAGAGUAAUGGAAGAUAAAGCAGCUUUUCUUGGACCAAUUAGGGGUCAAACUGAUGAAGACUCCAGACUGGAUUUUUGACUUUCCUCCAACAGUACAUGACUGCAGCAACUUUGACUUUCUACUUUCAACCAAAUAAUAAAACAAGCAAAUGAUGAGAGAUCUCUGUAGGAUUUAGUUUUUGGUCACCGAAAAGUGCAAACAAGGAUAUCCAUUGUGUUAUCUUUCUGCUAGACCAUCAGAAGAGACAGCAAGCACGCCUUUUAGUUCCCUCAUUAUUAAAUGCUGAAAUAGCUGUAAUGGCGGACCAUUACCAGAAGAACGUAUACCACCAGGGAGGCGGGGACAGCUAUGGGACUUACGGAGAAGGCGGCGGUCCUGACGACUAUGGUUACCAGGCGGAUUAUCCUCCUCAGGAAGAGGACGCAGCGAGCGACGUGACGGAGGGACACGAUGAUGAAGAUCAGAUGUACGAAGGAGAAUACCAGGGGAUUCCACAUCCUGAUGAGGUGAAGGCCGCACAGAGAGCCGCACGGGCGAAGUCCAGAGAAGGCGGCAGCGCCGCGUCCGAGCUGGAGGAGUUAUCGGAGCAGUAUGAGGACAUCAUGCAGGACUGCGGCCACGGGAAGUUCCAGUGGAUGCUCUUCAUGGUGCUGGGUCUGGCUCUCAUGGCCGACGGAGUCGAAUGCUACGUGGUGGCGUUCGCUCUGCCGUCUGCCGAAAAGGACCUUUGUCUGUCCAAUGCGGAGAAAGGGAUGCUGGGUCUGGUGGUCUUCCUGAGCAUGAUGGUCGGAGCGUUCCUCUGGGGCGGUCUGGCUGAUAAAACCGGCCGUCGGCGCUGUCUGAUUUUAGCUUUAGGCAUAAACUGCAUCUUUGCCUUCCUGUCAUCGUUUGCUGGUGGCUACGGCUUCUUCCUCUUCUUCAGGCUGCUGUCUGGGAUUGGCAUCGGCGGCACGGUGCCCAUCGUCUACUCUUACUUCUCCGAGUUCCUGCAGACGGAUAAGAGAGGGGAGCAUCUGUCCUGGCUGUGCAUGUUCUGGAUGUUCGGUGGGAUUUACGCCUCAUUCACCGCCUGGGGAAUCAUCCCGAGAUACGGGUGGGGGCUCAGUAUGGGCACAGAGCUCCAGUUCCACAGCUGGCGUGUCUUCGUCAUCAUCGCAGCUCUUCCGGCCGUCACGUCUCUGGUUGGGCUCACCUUCAUGCCCGAGAGUCCCCGCUUCCUGCUGGAGCAUGCCAAACACGACGAGGCGUGGAUGAUCCUGAAGCAGGUUCAUGACACCAACUGGAGAGCCAAAGGGAAACCGGAGAAAGUCUUCACUGUGACUCACAUUAAGGCGCCCAAGAUGGCCGAAGACGAACUCAUUGAGAUUCAGAGUGGCACUGGAACGCCGGUGCAGCGCUGGGCCGUUCGCUCGCUUACACUGUGCAAACUGGUGCUGAGGAACAUGGCGUCCCUGCUGUCUGCAGAGCUGAGGUUUGCCACUCUCUUCAUGGCCAUCAUCUGGUUCUGCAUGGCCUUCAGUUAUUACGGCCUGUCUGUGUGGUUCCCCGACAUGAUCAAACACCUGCAGUACGAGGAGUACGAGACCAAGGUGAAGACGUUCCACAGAGAACGAGUUGUGGACGUCCGAUUCGACUUUCCCUUGAAGAACCAGAUCCACAAAGAGGGAGAAUACAGACGGGACACGUUCAUCGGCAUCGAGAUGAAAUCAGUGAAGUUCGAAGAUUCCCUGUUCGAUAAUUGCACCUUUGAGGACAUCCGGUCCACAAACACGGUGUUCGAGAACUGCACCAUCCUCUCCACCGUCUUCUACAACACAGACCUGUGGGAGGAGAAGUUCAUCGACUGCCGGAUGGAGAACACCACUUUUGAGCACAACAAACAUGGCUGCCACCUGGAUUCAGUGGAGGAGAACGACGUGUUAAUCUACCUGGUCAGCUUCCUGGGCAGCCUGGCCGUGUUGCCGGGCAACAUCAUCUCCGCGCUGUUCGUGGAGAAGAUCGGCAGGGUCAAGAUUAUAGGUGGCUCCAUGCUCAUUUCUGCCGGAUGCUCUUUCUUCCUGUUCCUGAGCUUCAGCCAAUCAGCAAUCAUCGCCUUGCAGUGCAUGUUCUGCGCCGUCAGCGCCGCUGCGUGGAACGGGAUCGAGGUGGUGACCGUGGAGCUCUACCCGACUUCGAAAAGGGCGACGGCGUUUGGCGUCCUGAACGCGCUCUGUAAGCUGGCCGCCAUCCUCGGCACCUCCAUCUUCGCCAGCUUCGUGGGGAUCACCAAAGCCGUCCCCAUCCUUCUGUCCUUCACCGCCCUGGUGUGCGGCGGCUUGGUGGCCCUCAAGCUGCCCGACACGAGGCAGAAAAUCCUGCAGUGAUUUCCGCCGGGGCGUCCGGAGGCAGAAGAAGCGAGUCCGCUUCACGUUGGAAGCUGUCGGACUUCAUGUUGCUCUCUGCAGAAGGCGAGAACAGAAACACCUCAGCUGUUCAGGUCCAACGCCAAGCGCUCGUUUCUUCACGUGAACCACAUCCAUCUGUACAGAGGAGGUUUUUCCAGCUCAGUCCAUCACCCGGCGGUGGAGCUACUGAUGACUGAUCAUGACUCGAUCUAUCCUCUACUUCCUGUCAGCAGCAGCUCCAUGCAUGAGGAACUUCGCCUUCCAGCAGUUUCACAAACUUCCUGUUUGUAUGUUGAUGCUGUGAAAGAUGCUUAAGUUUUCAACCCCUGAAGUUCAAAAGCAGCAGUUUCUAAAAUCUAAUUUACUCUAAAAUCUGCCAACAAACAGUGUUUAUGCUCUUAAACCUGGAUUAGAUGUUAAAGAUCUUUGAAAAGAUUCAAAACAGAUCUGGAGUCACUCCUAAUAAACAGGUAAUGUGUGAUUAUUAGUCACUGAAGUCUUUAGUCAUGAUGUUACACUGCAAAAACACAAAAUCUUACCAACUGUAGUCCAGAUUCUAGUGCAAAUAUUUGAAAUACAAAAAACUUGACUUACAAAUAGCUUCAUCCAGAUAUAAAAGCUUGCUUUGAGUCAAUAACUCCUUAAAAGUGAUGAAAAAACUACUAGCUACACUGGAAGAUUAUUUUAUUUAAGACUUUUUCCCCCAUGUAUGCUAAAGCUAUUCUUUUAGCAAAUAAAAUGAUCACAUAACUGUUUCUUCUUUGUUCCAAAUUUAUUUGUUAGAUUUUAGUUUUAAGACUAGUAAAAUCUGAUAGUACAUAAACAAUGUAAGCAAUUUUGAUUCUAAGAUAAAGUCAGAAUUACAUAAUGGCGUAUUUCAGCCUUUGUGGAUAGAAAAAAAGAAGAGUACUUUUCCACCAGAAAUCACAGAAUUUUUUUUAAAUGGACCUCAGAAAUUUUCUAGAAAAAACUUGGAAAUGUCUGAGCUUGAAAAAUCAAAAAUUUGCUAGAAAAAAAAUAAACAUUUUUAAAAUAAUCUCAAAAAUUUGCUAGAAAGAACUUGGACAUUUCUGAGUUUCAAAAGUCGAAUUUUCCCCCCUCUUUUGGAGCUCAGAAAUUUCCGUGUGUUUUCUAAAGAAUAUCUGAGAUAAAUCUCAAAAUUUCUGUGUUUUUUGGCAGAAAUUUACUCCCUUUUUUUCUGUCUACAGUGGCCCUAAUAUGCCAUCGCACUGGACAGUGCAUUUCUGCCAUUAAAUACUACACAAUAAUUGCAGUACAUUAUAUUUGAAGCAAAUUUAUGUCUAUUUAUGCAAAAAAAGUGGUUUAAACAGAAACAAAAUGUAAUACAAUACUAUUUCUUUGGCUUUAUUAACAUCGUCACUUAUAAUUUAUUGUUACCAAGGUGAAAAUCUUAAUUAUUGCCACAAUAAAUGUGUCCCUGCUGAUUUAUGUGAUUUUCUCUGUCUUCUAUGACAGAGUUGCAUUAAUUCAUGAUAAAUCUUUCCUGAUUAUGUUUUGAAAACCAGAAUAAAUAGUUAGUAAAUAACAAAUCUUCCAGGAGGAGUGAUUCGAGAUCUUUUAUUCCAGAACUGUGGUUCCCAACCAGCCGGAUUUAAUCGUAUUUAAUUGCAGUUUUAGUGAUUUUUCUCAAAUUAUCAGAUUAAUUUCCAAGUAUUUAUAUUAAAUUGCAGCUGCUACAUCCCACAGACGGAUUUUAACUCUCAUCCCAUGAAACUAACCGGAGCUUCUGAUCAAACAGCUGUUUAUCCGUCCCAGAGUCCAGCUGUGUGUCUUCCUGUCCUGUGAGUCCUGCAUGAGAACCUCCGUCCUGACUGCUGGUUCUUCUCAGAAAGACAAACCUAUCUGUGUGUAACUUUAACAGUUUCUGUGUGCUCGGAGUUGAUCUUUUUACCGUCUUGCUUGUUUUUUCUUCUGAUUUCUACUGAUGUGCGUUACCGCCAUCUUUGUUUUUUUUUCUCCUCACAUUUUCACUCAAAAUGGAAUCGAUCUGAAUGUUGUUACAGUGCCAUCUAGUGGACAAAAUAGACAAUCAUCCAGGACUGAGACAUUAUUUUCCAUUUUUUUAAAUCAAAGUUUCCCAUCUGCCUGUUACUUGUUUUGUGUCUUUUGGGGUUUUUGACUCUGCGGGACACGUUUGUUUUAUUGAUCUUGUUCGGUUCUGGUUCUGGUUGUGCAUGUCUGUCUGGUGUUUUCUCAUAUUAUGUAAGUGUAACGUGGUCUGAGUCUGAACUGUGUUUUUACUCAAUAAAAAGGAGAGAUGAGCACUGGGACACCAAA